CUUGGUUUCUUCUGCACCAUUCUGCUUCUGUAGGUGUACUGAUAGCACCCUACCAUCUACUAAACCUGCCAACCAACCUUCAGUUCCCACCACCUCUCCUUCCACCUGCAGAGAGAGAGAGAAAAAAGAGGAAAAGCAAUCACCUUAAGAAAGGGAGAGAAGACAGUUAUCAUGGAUACGAGGAAGCACCUGUGUUCCCUGGCCCGUAUGGUGCUGCCUGCCCUUGGCUUUGUCCUCAUCUGUGUGGGGACCUACCUGAUGUCCCUCCACAAUGUCUACAACAGCUCCCUGCGUUACAUCCUGGCCUACGUCCUCAUUGCCUGUGGCUUAUGGUGCCUCCUCACCGGGGUCUUCUGGACCAUCUGCCAUGGCAUGAAGAGGAAGAGGCAGCACCAGAGGAGCAGGCGCCACCACACCGCUGCACACGUCCAUGUCUACACCGUUGACAGACCCAGCUUCCACCUUCCUUCAUAUGAGGAGUCUCAGCAGAACCACACCUCUGCUACUGAAGGUGCAGCUUACUCUGUGCUGGGGCUCUCUGAAGAUGGCCUGAGGUUCAACCUGGCCCCCCCUCUGUACACCCAGGACAUCUCUGAGGCCCCAGAUGACACCUUCAACCAUGAAGAUCCACCUGCUUACUCUGAGAUGGCCAUGCAGACACACAGGGAGCCACAGGGGCUUCCACAGCAACCAGAACAUUCCCGCUUGGACAGAGUUCCAUGUCCUGAGCUGGACGGUCGAUAGGUGGUGGACUCUGGAAGGUGAUGACAUCACCUUUGUGUACUGUUUAAAACUAGUGUCUCCCUGCCUGACGUUUGACCUCUGACCUUUCAGGAGAUGUAAACGGCAUGGCCCUUUCAGCUCAGAGAGAGGUAUGGCAGCAAAGCCUGCUGCUCCUGGCAUCAUGGUUGUCUGGAGAACGGAGACAGGUGGGAGUAAUAGCUAGGAAUGAGACUGUCUUGAGCUUUUGCUGAGACCCGAGAUACUAUGUGCCUGAAAACAUCUUUGCUGUUUCAUAUGUGGCUGA